CACGGAGCACCGAGAAGCCCCGAGGCGUGUCCCCUGCGCCGCCCGCUCUUCACGCCCGUCACCCGAUCCCGUGUCCCGGUCCGUGAUCCGGUCCAACCCGCGGACUCGCCCCGGACGGUCCGCUUUUCCGCGCGCUCUUUAUGGAAGCGCAGUAACGGCCGCGCGCCUAUCGUCCCUUCGUCCUGUCUCACCCACAAAAUGGCGGACGUGACGGAGCUGCGGCCCUCGUACGGCAUGUCCCCAGUCUUGGCUGGGUUCCUGGGUGCCGGUCUCUUAGUUCUUGUGGUUCUGGUUCUGGUUCUACUCUGGACCUUCUGUCAGCGCCGUUACAUGUCGUCGCGGUACAAACUCCAUGCUGACCGGUACUGCGACACUGAGGACCCCCCCUACAGGUUCAUCCACAUGUUGAAGGGCAUCAGUAUUUACCCCGAGUCUCUCAGCGCCAGCAAACGCGUGAGUGUGUUCCCCGAGCCAGGAGGGGGCAGCAAGCGCAUCGUGAGGAGCGUGAGGAGAGAGACAGAGCGCCGCGGCCGAGUGCACGUGGACGCCGACAACGGCCUGCUGGACGGUCUGGUUGACGGACAGCUGCAGAUGGGCCACCUGGCCCCUCCCACUGACCCCUCAGGCCCCUCCCUUCCCGUUCGGGCUGAGUACCAGUCCGAAUCCAGCCCAGAGUCAGGCUCUGAUCCUGGUUCUGACCCUGGUUCUGAUCUGGAGCGGUCCCUGGGCUGCCUGAGUCUCACUGUGGACUAUAACUUUCCUAAAAAAGCUCUGGUGGUGACGGUGGUGGGGGCACGGGGACUGCCGGCUGUGAGCCAGGGCAGCUCUGACCCUUAUGUCAAACUGACCAUCCUCCCGGAGAAGAAGCACCGCGUGAAGACUCGUGUGCUGCGCCGCACACUCGACCCUCUGUUCGACGAGACCUUCAGCUUUUAUGGCGUUAGCUACAGUGCGCUGCCUGACCUCACACUGCACUUCCUGGUGCUCAGCUUCGACCGCUUUGCCCGCGAUGAUGUCAUCGGCGAGGCACUGGUGCCACUGAGGGGAGUCGACCCAAGCACCGGCAGGGUGCACCUGACGCAGGACAUCACCCGACGGAGCACACAGAGUGCAGGCUGCGGAGAGCUCCUCACAUCUCUGUGUUAUCAACCUGUGUCCCACCGCCUCAGUGUGGUCGUCCUCAAGGCCAGAAACCUGCCCAAGAUGGACGCCAGCCUCUCUGCUAACCCGUAUGUGAAGGUGAACGUCUUUUACGGGCGCAAACGCAUCGCCAAGAAGAAGACUCACGUGAAGAAGAGCACGCUGAACCCAGUGUUUAAUGAGUCUUUCAUCUACGAUAUCCCCCCUGACCUGCUGCCCCAAAUCAGCCUGGAGCUCCUCGUCCUAGACUUCGACCGGACCACCAAGAACCAGGUCCUGGGCCGGCUGCAGCUCGGCCUGUGCAGCCCUUCUACCACUGGAGCGGCGCACUGGAGCCAGGUGUGCCAGAGUCCGCGACGCCAGAUCUCCAAGUGGCACAGUCUGGUACCCUUCUGAGCUUGAGACCAUCCAGAGCGAGUGCCAUAGACCCUUUAAAAGUCUCUAACCUUAACAGUCCAGAACAGAGGUGACGAGUAGGGAUGGAUGAUAUAUCGGGUCCAGUAUCGGUGUGGGCCGACAUCGAUACCGAUUUAAAAAAAUAAAAUAAAUUGCGCUACCCC